AUCAUUUGCAAAGGCAUCUAGGAUUUUCUUUAUUCUUUUUACCAUGAUCACUCUUUUGCCGCCGAAGAUGCCAUUGGGGUCCGACACUGUGAGAGACUAGUGCCGCGGACAGCAUCCUCCAGCCCCCACUCUGCUUGCCCAAACUACUCACCAUCACCUCGACACCACCAAUCAAUUAAGGGAUUGUUCAAUUGAGUUGGAUCUGAUAUCUUGUGUGUCUUCCAUGAUCUGUGUUUGUCUGGGUUGUUUCAGGCUAUGGUAUUCUUCUGUUGCUUGUUUGACCUGCGGCGCUCAUUUGGGCGAGUUUGUUUCUAUUUGGCCAUGGCGUGGGUUAUGUUUUGGCUAUGGCAUCUGUGCUUUGGGUUGUUUCAGGCUAUGGCGCCGUGUGCUGUUUGAUGAAGUGGCUAUGGCAUCAGGCUUUUGUUCGUGGCCGUUUGCUUGUUGGGCUGGAUGUUUUUGUAUCAGCCACGAUUUUGUAGUCUGCCUGAUUGCGAUUGUGCUCAUUGCUUUCAUGUAGUCUGAAGUUUUCCGGUUGUUGUCCCUGCAUGCGUCUAUUUGUGUUUGGUGCGGCUCUGGUGUUUUUCUAUGUAGUUGUGAACUGUACUGACAACUUUUUGUGUGCUGCAGUGCCCUCUGCGACAGCUCUUCAGGCUGCACCAGAAACAAAAACAACCAUAACAGGAUCAGUCCUGUUACAGGCGUGUGAUACUUCCAUCUCCACGAAAUCGCGGUUCAUAUCUCGGUUGGCUCCUCACGAGUCGGGUUAUAAGGCGAAAUUUCCCUCGGCCCGGACACUCAUGUGCGCGCUUAGUAACCUGCCAUGCCUUCUAUGGGAAGGCGUAGGAGAUGGACUUGUGGAGCUCGACAAUCGGUUUGCGCAGAGGUUGUCAGAACGUCAAGUCACCGUGCUAUUGGCUCCCAGCGGUUCAGGAAAAACGAGAAUGUUAAUCGAACUUGCCUGCAGUAGAUUCACGUUGUUUCUCACGGGUAAGCGUCCGAUGGUUGGAUUUGGAGGAGGAUCGGAUGAUGUAGAUAGGGUUGCCAGGUGGAUGGAGACUCGGUUGCCCGGAGGUGAACACGAUCUCGAUCCGAAUCAUGCAGUGGUGCGGUUUGGUGUUGGGAUUUUGAUUCUUGUCCGGUUGAAAUAUUUGAAGUUGCUGAAAGCGCUGAAACCUGGGCUUCAUCCUCGUGAUUGGGCUUUUUUCCAGUUGGAGUACCCGGCAGUUGAUGAUGUCUUCCAUGCUGCUGUUGAAGCCUUGAUCGAUUGUGUUCCAGUGGAUCAGCAACUGCCUUCGGAUCAGCUAAAGGAGGUUAUAAGGAAUCUUGUAGAUGACAUUGGCUGGAAGGAGGGGGUGGUUGUCCUUGAUGAGGCUCACAUGCUGCUUCAUUGUAUGAAAGGUCGAUUCAAGUCUGAACUCACUCCUACGAAAGGGCAGCCGUUGUUGAACCCCAUGUUACUGGCUCUGAAGUCGUACGGUUUCUUGAAGAGCUGCUUGUUUGUUGCGGGCACCGGCACGGGUAUGCUUAAGGUUCGGGAAAGACUUCUGGGAGGGACAGUGAAGCCUUUCGAUGUAACCGAAAUUUAUAGCUUACCUGGCUUUGACGACACCAACAUUCCAGCCUUUCUCCAACGGUUUAUAGAUAUCAGCAGGCUGGACAUGCCCGCGAUUACUUCCAUGUACACUGGAAGAAGGCGACUUUUGAGCACGGCGAUUGAGAAGUACGUUGUGCAGGACAAACCACCAGAGGAUUGGUUCCAAGUUUUCUUCUUGGAGUUGAUCAACAAGACUGGGGUGGAGCCUGGACUUUUUCGGUCUUUAAGGGAUGAAGCAGAGCGGGUGUGGGAUGAUCCAGAGACGGCACAAAUGAUUGAGGACAUUCUGUUCACGUAUUAUCUUACAGGUUUUGGUCAUGUUAUUGUGCAGCAGAAGAGGAGUGUCAUGACCUUAGUUGAUUGUGGCUUUGCAACACUGCUUGAGAGUGACGCCAGUGCCGGACCUUUUGCACCGAUUAUUCCACACAUAAGAGGGGUGAGGGGUGAUGAAGCCGGACCUGGUUCUUCAGGUCCGGCUGACGUGCGAUACGUGAUCCUUCAAGAGCUGAUGAUUGCAGAAGCACUCUGGGACCAUAUGCCUGCUGGUACAGUAAUGGAGCGAGUCAUCAGCACAGCUGCAAACGCAUCAGCCUUUGGCAUUACCUUUGAGCGGUUUGCAUGCAUCAUUGGGGAGGCAUUUGACAACAAGCUACCAGCUGAGGUUUUGGGUUUGCAGGAAACAGAUGUGGUCUACAAGGAGGAGUUUGAAGUUGUAAAGCCAAGAGGGCACUCGGGGGUGCUGGUUCAGGAGAUUCGGACUGAAGAACAGUUGAACCUGUGGCUUGAAGCUGUUGAGGCUGGUGCAUCGUUUGCUACUUAUGCAUGGCUUGGAUCAUUCCAAGAAGGUGGACUAGAUGGGAUGUUUCUUCUCAGAAGCAAAAAGUCGCACAAGAUGAUGCCUGUGUUUCUAGAGUUCAGGACCGGAUCUGGGCUGGGUGUGACUCAAGCUUUUUCUUCACUCGACAUCAUGAAGAUUGACAAGAUGCUGCAUUCAGGAGGAGCCUCUCGAAAACUAAAACAGUGGUGCUGGACUGGCAAUCCUAGGCUGGUUGUUUCACCGAACCCACAUCCAAAGGUAGGAAAGGUGGCCUUAGGAGAUGUGAGGCGGAGUGGGCGAGCGAGAAAGGGGCGCAAAGAAAUCCCCCUGGUUUCACCUCUAUCGGCUGUUUGGGCUGGUCGGAAACUUCGGGGGAUCGUCAACCAGGAAUUGCUGGAUGCUGUGGAAGAGGUGAAGGAAGGUUUGCAGAAACGGAAAAGGGGGUGAAGCGCUUUGCUACGUCUUCGGGCCACUCACAGUUCUCCCCUGUGUCCUUGAUCUUCUGUUUUGGGAAGGGUUUGAAGAGUUUUUCAGGGACCACAUCAAUGAAUCUCACUUUGUGAAACCGUUGCAGCAAGUCUUCCACAUAAUCCAUGAUUGCUGCCUUAUGGUUUCCGCU